AUGGAGACCGUCGAGAGUUUGGUGCCCCGUCGCUCCACUGGGGACAGUGAUCCUGAGGAUUGGGAAAAGUUGAGUGAUGAUGUGGCUGUUGCUCGUGCCACUCUGGUGCACAACAUGUCGGCCCACGAGGAUGAAGAGGCUAAUGCUACCUUGGCCUCCUUCACUGCCCUUGAUGUUGACGAUACCUCCUUGGACGAGCGGCUUCAGGAGAUGAAUGCAGCGAUGGCUCGCCUUCUGAGCAAGGGGGACGAGAAGGUGGUGAUCAAGGAGGAGGCUGACACCAAAGCAGUGGCUAUGGACACGGACCCGGCGGAGACCCAGGCUGCCCCAGGUGACUUUGUCCCUGAGGAGGUUGUCGGUGAUCAUGCCAUGGGUGGAAACGGUAUUCCACAUCGAGGGUUCCCUGAGAACUUCCCGGGCAUCGGCAAGAAGAGUGCUGACUUGGCCAAGCAGCUGACCAAGGAGGAGAUCGCGGCCUUGUUUUCCAAACUGAAGACUGAGGUUUGGACAAGAUCGGCUGUAGAACGGGUGCUUGAGGUGUACCAGAUCUACAAGCGACAGAUUGCCCAGGAAAAGAUGCUGGCAGCACCCUUCAGCAAAUCCCGGGCUGGGGUGGGCCACGGCAGUCUUGGACAGCUUGACCCGGGCAGCGCCACCACCGUGCUCAUGUGCCCAAGCUGCUUCUCCGACUGGCAGCGACCCGACAACAAAGUGCAGGGCAAGUGCAAACUCUGCCAAAAGAAUGUCAUUGCGGUGGACAAGGGGCCCCCGUCGGCAGAGAUCAAGCUGGGUACGGCAUCGUGGUACAUGUUCUGUGGCCCUCAGGGAGUCACGUGGCACACCGAUGCCGACGAGACCCAGAAGGAGAAUGCCUCGGUCGACAUUGGUUCCUGGGCCCAGCCACCACCCAGGUCGACUGACAACAAGGAGCUCAGCUUUGCCGACCAGGUGCCUAUGGCCCUGAGGCUCAGCUUGGCCCACACUGUGGCUAGCCAGCCCUUCGACGAGAUGCAGUUCGCGAAGAAGACGGCUGGGGACAGACCACACAUCCGCGAGGAUUGGACACCCAGUCAGUCGACUAGAGUUUUCCACCCUCAGCUGGCCGCGGCGAUGGAGAUCAAGAAGAAGAGCGCGGGCCCGGUGGACCAACAUUCCAGCAAGCUCACCGAGAAGGAGUUUUCGGCGCAGCUCAACCCCCAGCUCGAUGUGAUCACGCAAAUGCAGGCGGGGGCACAUGAAGUGGCUGACGCGUCCGGGGCUUCGGUGCUUCGCCCCACUUGGACACGGAGAAGACCGGGCCACCAAGGCGAAGAAUUCUUUGCGGCGCAGACCUCCCUGGAUCAGGCCAAGGCCUCCAACAAGCGGAUGCAGGAGGAGGGGGAGACACGCUCCAGACUCCUUAAGCCGAUGGCGGAGCCCAUUGACACCUGGGGCGCCAAACUUCGCGCUGCUCUGGAGAUGAACGUCUUCAACCCUGAAACCCCGCUCAAGGAUAUGGAGUUUGAGGAGAUUGAGGACCUCCGGGACAGAUACCUUAACACGAAGUUCCUGCUGAACCAGAGCAGGAACCCUUUCCCAGCUUCCCUCCUUCAGGAGCUGCCCUGUCUGGCGGCCCAGCAGCGAGAGGUGGAGCGUGAGCAGACCCCCGAAGCACUCCUGGGCGUGCCGGUCGGGUCGGCGGAGUUCCAGAUCAUGCGCCUCAAGCGGAUCAUCGAGCUGCACAUGGGGGAGCAGUGGAUGAUCGGGGGCAAGUGGAAGAAGGUGCAGGGCCCUUUUGAGGAGAUCGAGGUGCAGGUCGGGACGGGCACCAGGCCCUCCCUUCGGAACAUCGUUGGCCCCUUCCAUGCCAAGGAUGAUGAGGGCACCUUCCACUGGAGGAAGGAGGUGCAGACCUGGGAUCUGGUGAGCCUUUUCAGCACUUUUGGCCCCAGCUACACGGCAAGGCACCUCUAUGCGGUGUGGAGCCACCUCCCGAUCACGAUUUCCUCCCACAAGCGGGGGACGAAGAACAAGCAGAUGAACAAUCAGCGCCGGGAUGAUUUUAGGGCGAUCCAGAAAGAGGCCAAGGAUUUCGUGCUUUUGCACGACCUCCCGUUGCCCACCUCGGACCUGGAGUGGAAGCAGCUGUACCGCGAGAUGGGCUCGUUCUUUGCUGCCAAGGUCUUCGUCAACAGGACCUGCCAGGCCUUUCGGGACUUCCCUGAGAUUUACAACGUGCUCUCCACCUCCCUGGGCCAGGAGGCUGUGGUGGAGGUUAAGAUGGUUUGGCGCUGCAACACAGAGCAGUGGUGGACUGCUCGCCUCAAGCCGGAGUACGCAGGGCCCAUUUGCCGGAAGCUCGGCUACUCCGAGGGCUACAUCCAGGGCCUCGGCCUGGGGGAAGGGGACAGCUCAGCUGUUUUUGGCGCUGAAAGGAUCGCCCUGAACCUCUCUGGGCCGGAGCAGGAACUGACCCUGCCGCCCAUCACCCCGGACAACGUCUCCAGCGUCGUCUUGGACGACUACAAGCGCAAGUUCGCAGGGGACAAAACGGCCCAUGUUUUCUGGGCCCGCAUGGAAUGCGGCGAGACCCGUGGCGGAUACGUUUGCCGCUGCUGCCGUGGCUUCUGGCGCGGAGGCAAGGGCUCCAGCCGGUUCCUCAUGAUUACCGGGGAGCACAAGGGCAGAUCCGCGCAGCUCCAGCUCAUCCUCGAUGAGCCCCCCAAUCACCUCUACGAGGCUUGGGUCAAGGACCGGAUCGAGUUCUACAAGAGGGUGGAGCCCAUGGCUGCCCUGCGGGACCGCUCCCUUCGGGUCAACCCCAACCUCAGCUCCCGGCAAGAAGAACCUCAUCUGGCGAAGGGGAACCCUUCCCAGGUGCCUUUGGCCCUGAGGGGGGUUCUCCCCUCAGUCGGCCUGCUUUUUGAGUGCAAAGUUAGGCCCCUCAGGGAUGGUGGCGGGAAGACUUCCCCGGGUCGUCUUCCACCACAUUUGAGAACAGGAGCUCGCGCCUCCUGCCUUGGGGAUUUCAUUAAGCGUAAGGCCUUGCCCUUAGUCCCGGAAUUCCUGGCAUCGACAGCAGCGGGCGCGAAGCAGCCCCCUUUCCCAGAUUCGGUGCUGAAAGAGAUCCGUGAUUUCAUUCUCCCACAACACUCCCAGCCUGAUGCUGGGCAGCCGUUUUUCCUUGAUGUGAUUCACAAACUGCUCAAGGAUAUUCAGGAUGUCGACUCUGGGUACCCGAUUACCCUCAAGGAGGGC